AGCGCGAGGGACCGUGGAAAUACCAGCUGGUCUGCUCUUUCCCAAGGCAACCUGCAAAGACCCUGUGGUACGACCGCCCGCGGUACGUCUACCUGGAGUUCUGCGUCGAGGACAGCACGGAUGUCAAGGUUGUCAUUGAGGACCAGCGGCUGGGGGUGCCUUGCAAAAAUGCAGACGGUGUGGAGUUCUACAACGAGAUCAACCUGUAUGCCAGGGUCAACUCCAAGGACUCACGGGAGAAGCGCUCUGACCGCUCUAUCACAUGUUUUAUGAGGAAGUGGAAGGAGAAGGUGUCCUGGCCCCGUAUCACGAAGGAGAACAUCAAGCCGGCCUGGCUCUCUGUGGACUUUGACAACUGGCGAGACUGGGAAGGGGAUGAGGAGGUGGAGAGGGCCAUGGUGGAGCAGUACGCAGAG